GCUCCGCCCCGCCCCCACCGCGGCUUCACAAAGCGCCAGAGCAAUGGCCGCCGUCCGCUCGCUGCCGACUCGGGGCCCAAGAGUGACUGCCCCCGGCCGCCAGUGAGAGCCGCCGACACGGUGGAUACGGCCUGACGGAGCCAUGGCCAGCGGUAAACUUCUUAGCUUCCAGUUCGCGGAGCACGAGGGUUCGACGUUACGCCGCAUGAACCAGCUACGGAUGGAGGAAUGGUUCUGCGACGUGACCAUCGUGGCGGGCGGGCUGCGUUUCCCCGGUCACCGGGUGGUGCUGGCGGCCUGCUCGCCCUUCCUGCGCGACCGCUUCCACAUGGACCCGUCGCGCGAGGUGCAGGUCUGCCCCAUGGCGGGCGGCGAGGUGGUGCAGCGGCUGCUGCUGUCCUGCUACACCGGCUCGCUGGAGUUCCCCUUCCGCGACAUCGUGGACUAUCUGGCGGCGGCCAGCUGCCUGCAGAUGGAGCAUGUGGUGGAGAAAUGCCGGCAGUCGCUGUCCCCGUGUGUUGCCUCGUCGCUGCUGAGCCAGGAAUGCGACGAGCGGCCGGCCACCCCCUCCUCGUCCUCCACCAACCGAGCGCAUGAGGUAGCAUGGCCGGUGAAGCAGGAGGGGCGGGGGGAGACCACCGGACCAUCCCCCAGCGAGCCCGACCCCCGCAUCCACUCCACCGUGGGGGGGAGAGCAGAGGACGAGGGGUCGGAGGAGGAAGAGGAGGAUGAGGAUGAUGAGAGCACUGCCAGCGAGGGGCUUCAACGGGCGCCGGAGGUCCCGCCGGGUACCGUGUCGGUCCGCCCGCCUCCCGCGCCGGGUACCGAGACGCCGGCCCGCUGCUCCGAGUGCGGGGCCGACUUCGAGCAGCGGGAACACCUGGCCGCCCACAUGGUCACCCACCGCCUCUACAUGUGCCUGCUGUGCGGGAAGGUGUUCAAGAAGAACGCGCGGCUGGCCCAACACAUCAACGUCCACACCGGCUUCAAGCCCUACUGCUGCGCCGUGUGUGGUCGCAACUUCACCCAGAAGCGGUCCCUCAAGGACCACAUGAACGUACACAACGGCGACGCACCGCACUGCUGCUCCUACUGCGACAUGCGCUUCACCCACUACAACACCCUACGGGUCCACCUCCGCGACCAGCACGGGAAGACCACCACACACAACACCAGCGACAGCAAGAUCGCAGAGGUCAAGGUGGUGCUGCCUUAGGUGGGCGAGUGGAGGUUCGGGGCUCACCCAGCUCCCCCACUCCCCUCCCCCACUCCCCUCCCCCUCUCCUCCCCACUGCUCC